UUGUGGGAGGUGGUCUGUCCUCAGUCCAGAACCAGCUCCUUCCUGGACUCCAGCGUCCUGUCCUGCAGCAUUCAGUUGAGGAGGAGACAGACAGAGAGAGAUGCAACAAAAUCAACUCAGAUUUCACCUCCUCGAGUUACUGAUGAAAAGGAAAAAAAGGGCAGUAUGGCUUUCAAGCAUUCUGCUUCUUCUCUCACUUGUAAUUACUGUCGUUGGUAUUUUCACUGAAACAAGGACAGAGAAUAUCAGCAUCAUCGGCUAUGCAUCUGGAAUAAUUCUUGCUUUUGGAUCAUUUCUGGGACUGCUGGGACUCUUCCUGGAUGAAAAUCGGAAGCAACUGCUGAUUGCAGCCAUCACCUUCCUCAGUUUUGGAAUUAUUGGAGCUUUCAUCUGUGUCAUUGUGGAUGGUGUCUUCACAGCUGUCAGCAUUGAUUUAAGACCACUGCGUGCAGGGAGAUGCCAGUAUUACACCAGUGGACAGAACUUUAUUUAUGAGAAUUACCUGGCAACUGUGCCUUGCCAGAGUUUCACAGAGUCGUGCAACCUGAAAGUGCGAAGUAACACUUGUUAUUGCUGCGAAUUGUACAAUUGUGCAAAUGGUGAUUAUUUGAAGAAUUACUUUGAGUUUGUUGGAGUGAAGAGUUGCCAGGAGAUUCAAUCUGUAUACAUCAUGAUUUGGCUGGUAACCACACUCAACAUAUCUGCUUUCAUUUUGGGAAUUGCCACCUCUGCUAUUCUCGGGAACUUUAAAAACACGGAGUCUCUCAUUGCACCUGAUGUUAGUGUCCAGCUCUUCAACUUUCACAAUUCCAGGUGUAAUGCUAAAGAGGAGACACAGAGCCAGCCCAGCACAUCUCCCUCAGCACCUCUCCUUCUCCAAGAACAAGGUGUCGACACAGUGCAGCAGAGACCCUCCGUUCGUUACAUGUCAAUGCCAGCAGCUACAUCUUUACCUUGUUAUAAUGAUAGCCACACGAAGAUGGAUAAUAACCCUCCACCAUUUGCCCCACUGUAUAACUUUCUGCCAGAAAAGCCACUGGGAUAUCCGAUAUGAUCAGUGAUUGCCCGCUUCUGUGUAAAGUGAACAGCUCCAGCAGUAAAAGUUGAGCCUUCAGAUCUGAGGCUUAAAAAGAUUAGACCAAAGAAAUGAUUUUGAGGGAUAUGAAACUGGUGAUAGUGAGUUAGCAGCAAGUUCUAAAUCCUUCCAGUUUCUAUUACCUUUGUCUUCAAUUUUUAUUGAUUUCAAUGUUUAAUAGCUACUGACUUGGAAUUGCCUGUUUGAACAAAACCAUCUUCUCCUGCUUCACCCAGCAAAAUCUCUUUGAAUGAAUUAAAAGAUUAAAAUUUACACUAUAGAUUUAUU